AUGUUUUGUCGGAGUGCAACAUGUCUACCCUCAUUGGCCGGGCCGUCACCGAGUCCUGUCUCGACAAGUGAGCCGGACAAGCGUGCCCCAACCAGAGUUCCAUUUCCGGACUCGGACCUGAGUCCCAGCGGUACAAUAGUUGACUGGGUGAACAGGCACGUAUUCUGUCAAGCCGCUAUCCGGCGUCCUGUUCACGUCGACUGUAAAUCGGUUUCUUCACACAACGACACACAAACAGGCGUACGUGGGUACAGAGCCUCGGAAAUCCUUGUUGUUAGGGUAACGGAAGGCUUCAAGGUUCGUGACAAGAUUGUAUGCAGGUUGUAUUUGUUACUCUGUGCUGGCCGUGUUUUAGGGCACAUCAACGGGACAUAUGCACGUAUUGCCUGGUUGAUGUGA